AACGGGAAGUGACGCCAUCUUGCAAGAAACAUCCUGUACAGUUACAAAUAACGAUAAUAACAAAGAAUUUUAAGCAUAUGCAGUAAAAUCCAAUUUAUACACAUUGAUGGAUCCAUGGAUCCAGAAUAUGAAAAGAGACUUCUAAGGCAGCAGAAUGGACAGAUUUCUCCCUAUGCAUCGCCACUCUCGCUGAGUCCCAGACUUAGCCCCUCCAGUCCUAUAGCUUCUCCAAGCAAGGACAAGUAUGGUGACCGGUUCAUUCCUAGUCGUGCAGGUGCUAGCUGGCAGAUCAACUUCAAUUUCUCAAAGGGAAGUCCCACCUCAUCACCAACCCCCUCCUCCAAGUCCAAAGACUCGGCCAACGACUCAGCUAAAGAUGGAUUGGCUUACUCGUGUUUAUUGAAAAAUGAAUUGUUAUCAGCAGGAAUAGAAGAUCUCAAGCAUGAUCAUCUGUCAGAUGACAGGAAGAUACUUGUUCCAAAGGAGAGUCAAAAUCUAUUUAGGUACCAUGUCCCUCGCAGAAGUCUGGACUUCAGCGAUUCCUCUCCUUACUCUUUGUCCCCUGUGGGAAGCAAAAGCCAAAAACUUCUUAGAUCACCACGCAAAGCUGUCAGGAAGAUAUCAAAGAUUCCAUUUAAGGUGCUGGAUGCCCCUGAACUACAGGACGAUUUCUAUUUGAAUCUAGUCGACUGGUCCUCCCAGAAUGUGCUAAGUGUAGGACUAGGAACCUGUGUGUACUUAUGGAGUGCAUGCACUAGUCAAGUGACCAGAUUAUGUGAUCUCUCCAGUGACAACGACACAGUGACCUCUGUCUCCUGGUCAGAAAGGGGUCACUUGGUAGCUGUGGGAACUCACAAAGGAUAUGUUCAAAUCUGGGAUGUAGCAGCAACAAAGAAACUGAACACAUUGGAGGGUCACAGUGCCAGAGUAGGUGCUUUAGCUUGGAAUACAGACAUGUUAUCCUCUGGAAGUCGAGACAGACUGAUCUUACAGAGGGACAUCCGAACACCAUGUGUCCUCCCUGACCGCAAACUGACCGGUCACAGACAGGAAGUGUGUGGACUCAAAUGGUCACCUGACCACCAGCAUCUAGCAUCUGGUGGUAAUGACAAUAAACUGUAUGUGUGGAACAUGACUAGCACAAAUCCAGUGCAGACAUACAAUGAACAUUUAGCCGCUGUGAAGGCUAUAGCCUGGUCCCCUCAUCAACACGGACUGCUGGCUAGCGGUGGGGGGACUGCUGACCGCUGUAUCCGAUUCUGGAACACGCUAACCUGCCAGCCAUUACAGUGUGUGGACACUGGCUCCCAAGUGUGCAAUCUUGCCUGGUCAAAACACUCCAAUGAAUUGGUCAGCACUCAUGGAUAUUCACAGAAUCAGAUAUUAGUGUGGAAAUAUCCCUCCCUUGUUCAGAUUGCCAAGCUAACAGGCCAUACAUACAGAGUUUUAUAUUUGGCAAUGUCUCCUGAUGGGGAAGCCAUUGUGACAGGGGCAGGGGAUGAAACUCUACGAUUCUGGAAUGUUUUCAGCAAGACUCGUUCAACAAAGGAGUCCAAAUCGGUGUUGAAUUUGUUUACACGUAUUCGCUGAGGAUGGAUGUCCCCUAUGAUGCCCGUCACACUGUGUGUUCCUUUGUUGACAGUGAACCUGUUGAUAAGUUGUUGUUCCGAUAUAUGUGUUUUAUGUCAGUGAUUUGUUUUAGUGACUGUGUUUUACCAGGUCUAAUGAUGUUCUCCAUAUUGUCAAUCAUUACUGACCAUGACUAGAUAGAUAAUUGUGAAAGUAAAUAUGCGCUAGAUAUAUAUGGUACAUGUUUGGUGCAUGUAUGGGACUUCUUGGCUGUGUUAUUUUACAUAGAUUACCUCACUGCCGCAAUUAUUUGAUCAGUGAUGAAUAUGUUUACACAUUUAUUUUCAAGACAUAACACUGUCAAGUGAUUUUCUACAGUCACAGAAUCAAAACAUCAAAAAUAAGUUAGAAUUCUGAGUUACUUUUAGUUACUAAUGCAGUUUUAUACUUUGAAAAUUUCUUUGGAUUGUACACCCAAAUGCAAAAUUGUAAGAGUUUUAAUCAUCAUUUCUAAGAAGAAUAUCUGUAGCUUUAUUUCAUUGAUUUUAAAUUACUGUUUGCAUUUGCCAUACCUGGUGUCAUGCAUUAAUUAAACAGCAUAUAAGAAAACAGAAUUGCUUUAAACACAGAAAAAAAAUGUUCUAAGCACCAUCUUCCAAUUUUAUGACAUGUACAGACAAUAAGUUAUUUUGAAGGCAUGUCCUUUGAAUAGUAUAGAAUUUGGCUAUUUUUUGUUUUACUUUGUUUUUUCUUUUAAUCUCCUCAAAAAUUAUAGAAAGGAUUCCUUUUUUAUGUACACAUUGACUGUGACCCAUUGUUUUAUUUAUAUAUAACCUAAAUUGCAAGGAAGCAGCUGCAUAAUUUUUGUUAGCAGAAAUAUAUGUUCAUUAUAAUAAAAGAUUUUGUACCAAAA